AUGAAGUCAAAACCGGUAGAAAAGAAGCGCAAGGUGAGGGACGAGGAAUCCGACUCGGAGUCUGACGACGAGCUCGCAAAUGGUCUUUUCGACGGUGUUUUGGAGGCCAGCGAAGAUGAGGAGGACUACAUUCCGUCCGACGAAAUCGACGAUGUCGACAGCGAAAGCGAGGUCAGCGAAGGUAGCGAGGACGCCGAGGAGGAGGAGGAGGAGGAAGAGGGGGAUGACGAUGCGCUCUUGAGCGACGACAUUCCGUCAGAUGAUGAGAUGGGGAAGCUCAGCAAGGAUGCCGAGGAACUUGAAAUUACGGAACCGGGCGUUGACCCAAAGCCAAAGCACCAAGAGGAGGAGGACCGCAAUUACAAAGUUGUGAAGGACGCCAAUGGUGGAGAGAGAUAUGUCUACGAUGAAAUCGACCCAGUCUACGAUUCCGACGAUUCAGAUGCCCAAGGCCCCGUUAACACGAUAGGAAACAUCCCCCUCAGCUUCUACGACAGCUACCCACACAUCGGCUACGACAUCAAUGGCAAGAAGAUUAUGCGCCCAGCCACUGGCGAUGCGCUGCAAAGUCUUCUCGAUACCAUUGAGGUCCCCAAGGGCUGGACUGGUUUGACCGACGUCAACACCGGAAACCCGCUCAAUCUUACACAGGAGGAGCUGGAGUUGGUCCGUCGUGUCCAGCAUGGGCUUGUUCCUGACGAGGGUUAUGACCCAUAUCCCGAUACCGUCGAAUGGUUUACUUCCAAGCAAGAAACGAUGCCCCUCAGCGCGGCCCCCGAACCCAAGAGGCGCUUCUUGCCAUCCAAGAACGAGGCUAAGCAGGUGAUGAAAUUGGUCCGCGCCAUUCGCGAAGGCAGAAUCCUUCCUUACAAGCCUCCUGAGGAGCGUGAAAGAGAGGAGGAAGAGAAGGAGGAGGUUCAGUUCGAUAUUUGGCAAGAUGAGGAGCCAGCGGCACCAAAUCCUAUGCACAUUCCUGCGCCUAAGCUCCCACCUCCUGGCUAUGAAAUGAGUUACAAUCCUCCUGAGGAGUACUUGCCAACAGAGGAAGAACGCGAAGAGUGGGAGAAGACUGACCCUGAGGACCGCGAGAAGGAGUUCCUCCCUCAAAAGUUCAACUCUCUUCGCAAGGUACCUGCGUGGGGCACUUUGGUCAAGGAGAGAUUCGAACGGUGCAUGGACCUUUAUCUUGCUCCCCGUGUGCGGAAAAACAGGCUCAACAUUGACCCCAACUCGCUUCUUCCCAAGCUUCCUUCGCCUGCUGAGUUGAAGCCAUUCCCUACCGUUGUCCAGACCAUCUUCCGCGGCCACGAGGGCACGGUAAGAAGUAUCGCGAUUGACCCUACCGGUGUGGCUUUGGCUACAGGCGGCAGUGACGGCACUGUGCGCGUAUGGGAGUUGUUGACCGGCCGGCAAGUAUGGUCUGUGAAGUUGAGCAGUGAAGACCCAGUCUAUACCGUCCGCUGGAGACCAACCAAGGAUGCCUUUGUCCUUGCUGCUUCUGCGGGUGAGGAUGUCUUCUUGAUGGUUCCGCCACACUCGAGCGUCACGCCUACACUUGACCAGGCAAGCCGUGAUGUUCUCGCUGCUGGCUUCGGCUACGCAACCAACGGUCAACAACCAGCCACAGCUCCCGGUAAGGAGCCUGCUGGCAAGUGGGCCAGACCUGGCACCAAGCUUGAAGACGCAGGUGUUCUUGUCAGGGUCACAGUCAGGUCCGCUGUCAAGGUCAUUACCUGGCACAGAAGAGGCGAUCACUUUGCGACAGUGUCCCCCGAGGGCCAGCGCAGCUCUGUGGCGAUUCACACCUUGUCCAAGCACCUUACCCAGAUUCCUUUCCGGAAACUCCACGGUCUUGCACAGACUGUGGUGUUCCACCCGCUGAAGCCACUCUUCUUCGUUGCGACGAUGCGCACAGUGCGGUGCUAUGAUCUUCAGAAGGUGGAGCUGGUCAAGAUUGUCCAGCCUGGUGCUAAAUGGAUCUCGUCACUUGACAUUCACUCUGGCGGCGAUCACUUGAUUGUCGGCAGUUACGAUAGGCGGUUGCUCUGGCACGACCUUGACUUGUCCAACCGGCCACACAAGACAAUGAGAUUCCAUCCAAAGGCCAUCCGCGCCGUGCGGUUCCACAAGGGCGGACUUCCGUUGUUCGCAGACGCCAGUGACGACGGCACGUUGCAGAUCUUUUAUGGCAAGGUGCCCAAUGACCAGCUUGAAAGCCCUACAAUCGUGCCAGUCAAGCAACUCAAGGGCCACAAGGUUGUCAACCAAGUGGGUGUCGUGGAUAUCGACUGGCACCCGAGAGAACCGUGGUGUGUGUCUGCCGGAGCGGAUGGAACGGCGAGGUUGUGGAUGUAA